AUUUCAUAAACUAGGUCAGGCCGCCCAUGGGAUGCACCAGACCCAAUACUCUGGAUUGCAGAUAAUGAGUCGCUACAUAUUACUACUUUACAUGGUUGCACCUGUUCCAUCCAUCGAACUGCCAUCAAAAUAGCGUACAGUUCCACUGUAUAUACUGUCAAAUAGUUGUUUGUUCUUUUGUAAAGCUCAACAUUUAUCCCCUGGACUACCACAGCUGCCCCUGUUGUUUCAGCUACUGGAUCCUUUGAUCCAUCUGUGAAAAUUAAGAGGUGUUCCCUGUAUCUAUUAUUAUAUGGCUAUGAUAUUCUGUCUUUGGGUCUGAAUUUUUGUUCCUCCUUUUUGCCUCCCAUAGCUCCAGCUCAACCUUUGGGAUAUUCAGUAACCAUAUUGGCACAGGUGGCCACAAUACUGCAGGGCAGAACUCUUUGUCCUCUACUCCCAUGUCCCUUGCCACAACUCCUCCAACCCAGCCGAAGCUUCCAGACUGAGCCACCCCUCUCUCCCAGCACUCCUGUACUACCUGUUUUGUUGGAUGGUUCUCUCCAUGACCCUUAAGGCUUAGCCAGUAAUUAGCCAUUAGUUGUCUGCGGCGCAGUCUCAACGGCAUCUGCCCAGUUUCCACAAGAGGAUAUUCUUUGCUGCGGCUCCCAUGGUUAAAUAUACAUCCCACUCCACUCCAGCUGGCUGAAGCGCCAACUUAUGUCCCUUUUUACGAUUGGACACGCACUUGUCCCGAAAUAGAGCAGCUUUUUUUUUUUACCGCCGUCUAACCUCAUACGGAGACAGAGAGAGGGGACAAGCGGACAAGGCAGGACUCACCACACAAGCGAGCUCCAGAAAAAGGCUCCGGCAUUGAAGGUCAAAGGGGGGCUUUGAAGUGUUGGUUGUGAGAAGCGCCGUGACACUGACAGCCGCCCCUGGCGCCGCGGGAGGAUGGCGACACGAGUCACUGCCAGCCGCGACUCGGGGCGGACAUUCGGCCAGGAGGAGUACAGUCUGUACAGUGGCCUGAGCGAGGAUGAGCUCAUUCAGAUGGCGAUCGAGCAGAGCCUGGCGGCGGCGCCUUCUUCCUCCGGCCAGCCCCCCAGCUCCACGGUGCAAGCUCACCCCAGAGGCCGAGCCCAGGCUCAGGUGAACCGGCCGGCAAUACAGGCAUCUGCAGCCCAGCCAUGUCCCAAGAACAGGGCAUCUCUGGCCAGUGCUGCUCCCACAGCGAACCCUCCGAGAACAGGCCACUUCAGAAGAUACGACGGCAGGCUCUUCCCAGUCUCCAAGCCGGCAGCGGAGCCCGAUCCUGUCGUCGCUGCGAUAAGUAACGGCGAUGAAGAAGCCUUGAAAAAAAUGAUGCAGGCGGGGAAGAAACUUUCCGUGCCAAAUCGGGAAGGCUGGAUCCCUCUGCACGAAGCUGUCUAUUACAACAAGCCAGGCUGCGUGAAAUUGCUGCUGAGAGCUUAUCCUGGAACUGUGGACUGUCGGACACUGGCAGAGGAAACUGCUUUGAUUUUAGCAACCGCCAGAGGAUACCUGGAGUGUAUGCAUUGUCUGUUAGAAGCAGGAGCAGAAUGUGACAUCACUAAUAAGGCAAAAGAAACCGCACUCUACAAAGCAUGUGAAAAUAAAAGCGCGGAUGUUGUGAAGCUUCUCGUACAAUUCAACGCCAACGUUAAUCACCGCUGCAACCUCGGAUGGACUGCACUCCACGAGGCCGUUGUACGAAAUGAUCUGGACAUCAUUGAAGCUCUUAUCACUGCCGGCGCCAAGAUCGAGUCCACAAACUCUUACGGAAUCACUCCGUUAUUUGUUGCAGCUCAGAGUGGACAAAUGGAGGCUGUACGUUUUCUUGUAAAGUGUGGUGCCAACAUCAACACCCAGGCCAGUGAUAAUGCCUCAGCGUUAUAUGAAGCCUGUAAAAAUGAGCAUGUAGACAUCGUGGAGUUCCUCCUGUCACAAAACGCUGAUGCAAACAAGGGAAAUAAGGAUGGCUGGCUGCCUCUCCACAUCGCAGCUGCAAAAGGCAACUCGGACCUGGUUCAGGUAUUGAUUCCCGUUACCAGUAAGGUCCGCGUGAGACGCAGUGGGAUUAGUCCUCUUCAUCUUGCUGUUCAGCAUAACCACGUGGAUGUUAUUGAAGAGCUAAUAGAAGCCGGCUUUAACGUUAAUGCUCUCCUAUCACCUGAAAGAUCGCGACUUUUUGAAGACAAGCGCACUUCUAUUUUGUACUUUGCUGUUUACAACAACAAUAUAGAGUCUACAGAAAUACUGCUGAAGGCUGGAGCACAUCCCAACGUGGAUUUGAUAACCCCCCUUCUCAUUGCUAUCCGACAUGGCUCCAUCAAAAUUAUCCAGAUCCUCAUGGACUAUGGCGCUAACAUCAAUGCCUAUAUUCUGACACACCCCACUUCCUUCCCGGCAACAAUUAUGUUUUCUAUGAAGUACCUCAGUUUGCUAAAGUUAAUCAUGGACUAUGGUGGUGACGGAGAAUCCUGCUUUAAUUGUGACUAUGGCAGUUGUCAACACCCAGAGCCAGUGCAGAGAAACCCUGAAAGAGAGCCAGAACAUAAACAUCCGAAAGUUGUCCAAUUUUGUGAGAUUGUGUCUACAGCUGGACUCUGCCGAUGGGCUGGGCCAAUUAUCGAUGUGCUACUUGACUAUGUUGGCAAUGUGAAUCUCUGCAGUAAAUUGAGGGAACAUCUGGACAGCUAUGAAGGCUGGGAAGUUAUCAAAGCCAAAUCAGAACUUCCAAGACCUCUUCUUCAUCUUUGUCGAAUUAAAAUUCGAGCGAUUUUGGGACGUGAGAGACUAAGACUUAUCGAAAUUCUGCCUCUCCCAGGCAGGCUGAGGAAAUACUUGGACUAUGACCUUACAAACGAGUUGGCAUAAGCAGAGGCUUUGGCACGGAACGGAAGGAUAAUGUAUUAUAAUCGUACUUGUGCAUUAGAGGGUGCAGAGAAAGAAGUCAGCCCAUAAUCAGAUUAGCAACAGCUACAAAUCAUUUUUGGAUAUGUGAUGGAGCAAAACGAAAUAAUGUUUUGUGGAAUAAUAACACCAACUAACUAUGUGAUCUAUGAUUGAUUGAGUGAGCACCAGGGGACUGGAAAUAAAUCAGGAUCUUUGGAUUUAAAAGGUUCCUAGCAAAGGAAAUGGAAGCAUUCUAAUAAUGCAUAUCAUGCCAAUCAGCGUGUGAAUGAGAAAUGGUACAUUUAGCUACAUCCUUUUCACACGUUCCAAUGGAAGGUUCCCCUGAAGAUCCCGCCUCUCUUUUUCCAGUGUUGGUGGAAAUACUGUGCAUGUCCAACAUUUUGUAUUUUCAAACCAGCUUUCUAACAGAUUGCAGCAUUUUAAUCUGUAUAUACGUAAUAUAGAAAAUGUACCGAGAUUCACAUAGAAGUGACCUGAUGCAUCAAUGUGUGAGAUAAAGAUUUGGCAAGCAAUUGUUUUUUGUGAAGGAAUAGAAAAGAAUGAUUGAUUAUUUAGCAUUGACACAUUUUACACAUGGAACUCCAUGAAAAGUUCAAUGGAAACACAGGAACCGCAGGUGCAGGUUUACAGAAAACGACAAAAGAUACUGGAGUAACUUAGUGGGCCAGACAACAACUCUGGAGAACAUGGAUAGGUGAUGUUUUUGGCCAGGAUCUUUCUCCCAACUCGGAAGACACCUAUCCAUGUUCUCCAGAGAUGCAGCCUGACCCGCUGAUUUACUCCAGCAAUUUGUAUCUUCUUUGCAUGAAAAAUUCAAAGCUAAUUAAGGUCAAACUAUUAUUGGAAGUUCAACACAACAAUUAAUUUUUAUGUUCAAGAAGGAACUGCAGAUGCUGGAAGAUCGAAGGUACACAAAUUUGCUGGAGAAACUCAGCGGGUGCAGCAGCAUCUAUGGAGCGAAGGAAAUAGGCGACGUUUCGGGCCGAAACGUCGCCUAUUUCCUUCGCUCCAUAGAUGCUGCUGCACCCGCUGAGUUUCUCCAGCAAUUUUGUGUACCAAUUAAUUUUUAUGAUUUAUAUUGAAAUUAUAAACACAAAAUCUGUUAGACGUUGUUCUGCAGAAAACAAACGUUACUAUUUACUUUUGCUAGUUGAUGUGUAAGUGCUUUGUGUUAAAUGGAAUACCACAGCAACUGAAGAGCAAUCUGUUUUUUUAUUUUUCUUCACUGAGAGUAAAUAGUUCUUGAAAACACUUUGCAACCCUUUACUUCUGAACUCUCUCACUGUUAAAUGCACGAUUGAGUAUAGGAGUAUAGGAUUUGAGUAUAGGAGCAGGGAGGUUCUACUGCAGUUGUACAGGGUCUUGGUGAGACCACACCUGGAGUAUUGCGUACAGUUUUGUUCUCCAAAUCUGAGGAAGGACAUUAUUGCCAUAGAGGGAGUGCAGAGACGGUUCACCAGACUGAUUCCUGGGAUGUCAGGACUGUCUUAUGAAGAAAGACUGGAUAGACUUGGUUUAUACUCUCUAGAAUUUAGAAGAUUGAGAGGGGAUCUUAUAGAAACUUACAAAAUUCUUAAGGGGUUGGACAGGCUAGAUGCAGGAAGAUUGUUCCCGAUGUUAGGGAAGUCCAGGACAAGGGGUCACAGCUUAAGGAUAAGGGGGAAAUCCUUUAAAACCGAGAUGAGAAGAACUUUUUUUCACACAGAAAGUGGUGAAUCUCUGGAACUCUCUGCCACAGAGGGUAGUUGAGGCCAGUUCAUUGGCUAUAUUUAAGAGGGAGUUAGAUGUGGCCCUUGUGGCCAAGGGUAUCAGAGGGUAUGGAGAGAAGGCAGGUACGGGAUACUGAGUUGGAUGAUCAGCCAUGAUCAUAUUGAAUGGCGGUGCAGGCUCGAAGGGCCGAAUGGCCUACUCCUGCACCUAAUUUCUAUGUUUCUAUGAUGUUGCAAGAUCAACCAGCCCAGAAAUGACAAGCCCUAAUUUCCUGUCAUGCUUUUGCUAAAUUACCUCAUCUUACUCAAGCCAACAGUUGGAAUUCUGAAACAGGAAGCCUGGGGCCUGUGGUGUCACUGAAUUUGAUAAUGGGGGAUCUCGAGAACCAAUUAAAUGAUGGUUGAUUUGUUAGUCUUUGCUCCACAUCCCUUAAUACCCUUGUGUAAAAAAUUAUGAUUAAUGUUAUGAAAUUUUCCUGUGACCCAACCUAAGCCAUCGAGUAGGCAGUUUUAGAUUUAGCCAACCUUCUGGUGAAAAGUGUUUCCACAUCACACUCCUAGUUCUAAUUACAUAUUUUUCUCUGGGCGAACCCUAACCCCACUGGUGAAAAUUGUUUCCCUGAAUCUACUUGCCAAUAAUUAACCACCAGCAAUAUAUCAGGCCAAGAUCAUAAUAGUCAAAUAUCAAGUCAAUUGUAAAGAGCAAUAGAUGAAGAAGGAUUUUAUGGCUGAAGUCCUGGGGAGAUUUGUACAUAAAGACGUUGCUGAACAGAUGAUAGGAGAACAUUUGGUAAAAUGAGCAGAUUGAAAAAAUGUCCUUUGAAAUUUUAUCUGCAUUGUAUACAUUUGGUGCAUUUUAAUGGCAAUUCCAAGAGUUUCAUUCGGCUUUUGAACUAAUUCGAUUAAUUAAGGAAUAUUCAUAAACCUGAGCACUAUAAUGACUUCGACACAAGGACAAAAAGCAAAACUAAAGAGCAAAUAUAAUGUCAGUCCUACAGCCAACAGAGUUGAUUACAGGUACACAAAAAUGCUGGAGAAACUCAGCGGG